UAGACCUGAGUGUGCAUCAAAGACCAGCACCCCAGGAGGGAAGCAACCCCAAACACUGGAUUCUGCUGUCACAGACACUGGCAGCUCUGCAGCCAGGAGAAGAGAGACAAUGGCCAUCCUUGUAGCUCUUGUACUUUUGUUUGCUGGGUUCUGCCCUGCUGUUCUCUGCCAACCAGAUGGAACAUUGGGAAGUGACACCGAACUUCAGGAAGACAAAAACAACAUGAGUAAAGUGGACAUUCUAACACUGGCCUCCAUCAACACCGACUUCGCCUUCAGCCUCUACAAGGAGCUGGCUUUGGAGAAUCCAGAUAAAAACAUCGUCUUCUCCCCACUCAGCAUCUCAGCUGCCUUGGCCGUCCUGUCCCUGGGAGCAAACAACAACACCCUGCAAGAGAUUCUAGAAGGUCUCAAGUUCAAUCUCACAGAGACCCCUGAGGCAGACAUCCACCGGGGAUUUGGGCAGCUCCUCCUCAUGCUCAGUCAGCCAAAUAACCAGGUGCAGAUCAAUAUAGGCAGCACCAUGUUUGUUGAAAAGCACCUGCAGAUCCUGGCAGAGUUCAAGGAGAAGGCAAGGGCCCUCUACCAAGCUGAGGCCUCAAGUGUCGACUUCCAGCAGCCUCAUGAAGUCAAAAACCUCAUCAAUGACUAUGUGAGGAAACAGACCCAUGGGAAGAUCAAGGACCUGGUCUCAGGCCUGGAUAAGAGUGCAUUAAUGGUGCUGGUGAAUUACAUCUACUUUAAAGGGAAAUGGAGGAUGCCCUUUAACCCUCAGCGAACACGUGAGUCUAACUUCUAUUUGGACAACAAGAGGACAGUGAAGGUGCCCAUGAUGCACGAUAAGUUUCUGACCAUACCCUACUUCCGGGAUGAGGAGCUGUUCUGCACUGUGGUGGAGCUGAAGUACAGAGGCAAUGCCAGCGCCCUGUUCAUCCUCCCUGACCAAGGCAAGAUGCAGCAGGUGGAAGCCAGCCUGCAGCCAGAGACCCUGAGAAAGUGGAGGGACUCUCUGAGGCCCAGGAAAAUCGAUGAGCUCUCCCUGCCCAAGUUCUCCAUCUCCACUGCCUACAGCCUGGAGAGAUCCCUUCCCCAGCUGGGCAUCAGGGAACUCUUCUCCACAAAGGCUGACCUUUCUGGGAUCACAGGGGCCAAAGACCUGAGCGUCUCUCAGGUGGUCCACAAGGCUGUGCUGGACGUGGCUGAGACAGGCACAGAAGCAGCAGCUGCCACAGGAAUGAUGAUGGUGGGAUCGGCUCUAAUUUUGGAUCCUCUGGAAGUGCAUUUAGACAGGCCGUUCCUGAUGAUUAUCUCUGACACAGAUACUCAGUCUUCACUCUUUAUGGCCAAAGUCACAAAUCCCAAGGAAAACUAGAACUUCCCAAGUGGUGAGGCUUCCUCCUGGGAGCCAGGGAUUAAGUCUGUAUGUGGGUCUCUAUGUGCAUUUUGGCCUCCAUACUCUGAUUGGCUGUGCUGUGCCUGGACUGGACAGUGGCAGUGACUAACUGUAUGACUCACACAUGCACAGGGUCCUGUGGACAGUCAGUGUCAGGUUCCUGUCCUCUAGGCUGCACUAGCUCAUGCUCCUGAGACUGAACUCUGACUCCGUGGCCACUCCCUGCUACCUCUCCUGUAUGUGCCUCUGCCCAAAGCGUGGGCCCUGGCAGGUAGGCUCAGGCCCUACCUGUGCUAUUGUUAUAUCUGCUUUCAGCCUUCACAGGCUUCAUGGGAUUAUUCAAGAUUUAGGCCCUUUUUGUGAACUUCAGGCCCCGGACUGAGAAACGAACCUGCUGCCCUCUCUGUGUUUCCAGCAUCUGGGACCAGUGUGUGCCCAGUUCCUGCCUCAAACUUUUCCUCACCCAGGCUCUGCCACCAAGUGUCCCUUCAGGACCCCUGGGCCUGUCCACAUCUGGCACUGUUGUGGAGAAGCUAUUCCUGCUUCUGCAUGGAGUCGAUUGGUCAGCUCAGCUCCUUUCCCCUACUCUACCUACUUGGGGCAAAGGCGCCUUUUCCUAGGUUCCCCACUGGCCAACAUCAUGCAAUAGAUGGACACCUCCCCUUCCUUACCCAAAAUACAGGGCUUUCACUAAUGCAAUAAAUGUAUAACUCACAUAACUG